GCGCGAGUACAUUUUAAGCAUUCCUCGCAAUGUACCAGAAAACCCCUCUUUGGGUCAGUCAAAACGCCCGGCAUCAGCAGAGCAGCGGUUGUUAGUUUUUCUGCAGCUGCCAUCGAACAAGACGACGCCGUUAUGACGAUAACGGUGGUGGAAGAAUGGAGCGGAUCUUCUUCUUCUAAGCUCUCCAAAACCGCCGUUAUAACGGCGGAUUCCUCUUCAUCUCUCUCUCUCCAAAGGUGCGGAAGUGGAUUCAAUGAGGUUCGGAGGCGGAUUCUCAAUGCAUUCGUACCGGAGGGCUUUCCGAGCAGCGUGACACCUGAUUACGUUCAAUUCCAAGUAUGGGAUUCCUUGCAGGGCCUGUCAACCUAUAUACGCAGCAUGCUUUCUACUCAGGCUCUCUUGAGUGCUAUUGGAGUUGGUCAGAAAUCUGCAACUGUCAUCAGUGCCACAUUUCAGUGGUUUUUGAGGGAUUUUACUGGGAUGCUUGGAGGUAUCUUAUUCACUUUUUACCAGGGUUCUAAUCUGGAUAGCAGUGCUAAGAUGUGGCGUUUAGUAGCUGAUUUUAUGAAUGACCUUGGAAUGUUGAUGGACCUGGUGUCUCCUCUGUUUCCAUCAGCUUUUGCCUUCAUACUCUGCUUAGGCAGUCUGUCAAGAUCAUUUACUGGUGUUGCAAGUGGAGCGACUAGAGCUGCUUUGACACAACAUUUUUCACUUGAAAAUAAUGCUGCGGAUAUCUCUGCCAAGGAGGGAAGCCAAGAGACAGUUGCAACUAUGGUUGGAAUGAUGUUGGGAAUGGUUCUUACUCAUGUUACUAUGGGAAACCCCCUUGCUAUUUGGUUCUCUUUUCUGUCUCUCACUGUUUUCCAUAUGUAUGCAAACUACAAGGCUGUCCGGUGCCUUUCGCUGACAACACUAAACAAUGAAAGAAGCUCGAUACUUUUGCAGCACUUUAUGGAAACUGGCCAAGUCCUCUCUCCACAACAGGUCUCACUUAUGGAGCAUGUUUUACCAGUUUGGACUAGUUUGUGGAGGUCAAAGAGUGCUAAACUACUACACAAGCAUAUACACUUAGGUGUGAGGGUCUCAUUGCUAAAACAUUCUGAAAUGAUGGAGCUUUUAGGUGCUACAGGUUCUCACUACAACAAAGUUAAUUACAUUCUCUUGGAGAGAAAAGGAGUCGUCAGCAUUAUUACUCAUAAACAGUCCACAGCUGCUGAUGUUUUACAGUCAUUUAUACAUGCUCUUGUGGUAGCAAGCCUUGUGGAUAAAACUGGAUCCGUGCAUGCAGAAAGCCACCUAUGGAUGGAUAAAUAUUACACGGUUUUCAUAACAAAGCUGCAGUCAUCAGGAUGGAAGACGGAACGUCUUCUAUCGCCUUCGAUUGUUUGGAGGGCACAUUGGAUUCAUGGUCCUUCGGAUGAAAAGAUCAACUAGGUUGGCCAAUGAAGAGUGGGCUGGACUGGAUGGACAUUGGAAAUAUAUAACUCAAACUUCCCUCAUGACCAAGAAAUGAUUAUGUGGACAUGCCAGGGCUAUUCAUUUGAGAGAUUGAAAAGAUCAUUCUGUGGGGUGUGCUGGACACAUGUGAGAUUUGGGCCAUUGAUUGGAGAGGCCCACCAUGACCAUUGCCCUAGCCCAGCAGUCUGUUCUCUGGUCUGCUCAUCAGGUGAGAAACAUGUUAUGUGUGGCCCAUUUGCUGUCUUUCCUUAUUUAUUUUGUAUUGGAAAUACAUGAAGAAUAGCAGAACUGUGAAAAGGAUCCAAUAUAAAGAUCACUUGGGGGGCAAAAUUGGACCAAUCCAUUCAUUAGGUGGGCCACAAACAUACUUUUUGAGACAAAUCAGCUGCUGUCAUAUUGAUUACAACCAAUUAGCCAUCCUAAUGAGUUGAUCAUUUGGUUUCGCUUUUAUGAUCUUUAUGAUCAGGUCCAGUCCACUUUUUUAAAACGGUACGUUCCAACCCAAUUGACACAUUUUCAGUAAACAAAUUCAGUGCAUUUUUUGGUCUCUGACCUCUACAAA